AUGAACACAAACUUCACUGGAUCGACCAGAAAGCGCCAGGUCAACCUCGGCAACAGGAGCCUCUUCGCAAAGAACAAACAGUCGUUUUUGCAGACCACCCAGCUCGAGCGCCAGCGCCGCGAGAGGGCCCGCAUAGAGGCACGGGCCGCAACCACGAUCCAGUCGUAUGCACGCACGUAUCUCGACCUCCAGCACGCACGACGUAAAUUGGGAACCAAUUGGGAUGGUACCAGUGUGGCAGAGUUCAACUUCUUCUGGCCCGAGCUCGCUGGCACCCGCGAUCACACCUAUCUCGAUAGACUCGAGCACAUUGUCCAGACCCAACAGCUGUCACCCUCCACGGCCUGCAAAACCGUUCGCACGCUGAUCGAGACGAUUCCCCGGUCGCCAGACACUGAAUUCGCAAAAAAGUCCCUUCAAGUGGUCCUAAGUCUCGCCCAGAAGUACCCUGUGUCCGUCGACUGGAACCCGCUAGUGAAAUAUUUACUUACCGUGUACACCGAGGACCCGCUAUUUUUGGCAACCGUCUUUGAGCUGUCGAGCUACGCCAGCGAGGGAAUCUUGCGGUUUCUCACCGCCCCACAACCGGAGUUUGUGGGCUUCGCGUUGUCGCACAACUACGCUCUUUUGCGGAAGUCUAUCGAACUGCAAUUUGAGUGGAUCUGCGCUCACAGACCGCUGUUUGAAAAUCUCACAGAUACAGAGAAAUUCGACUACCUGGUGAACGUGGUCACUAUUUUAUCGCAUAGCGCCAUCGCCAUUACCAAGCUGUCAAUCGAGGCGUUCUCCAUCAUCAUAGGCGGAAUCUCGGCCAAACUGCAGUUUGAGGACGAACCGAGCGGCCAUGCAAUUUUUGUUUCGCCCGAGGCACGCAAACAGAUUGAAAAACUAUACGCCUCAGACUUCACCAAGUCGGUGAUUAGACAGUGCGAGGUCCUGCAGGUCGAAACAGACCUGUUUGUCUCGUUCUUCUUUGCAUUGCUCCAUCUGGUGUCCACCAAAGGCAACGUAAACCAGCUUUUAAAAAACGAGCUGCUGGUGAACCUGAUUGUGGCAUCGUCCUCCAUGGACUUUAUGAAUCAGUUUUUCAGAAACCUCAGCAAUGAACACUUAUUUCCUCAAGUUUUUGUUCUGGCCGAGGAGAGAGCACAUUUUGCCAACGAUAGCGAGUUUAGACAAACCUUGUUGGACCCACAGAAAGAAAAUUGGUGGAAAACACUGUUUCUCUUAGAAGAGCUUUACAGCUACUUGCUCUGCGUGUCCAAUGAUGCCGAUUUGUUCAACCAGGGAAGACUCGACGAGGAAAACUAUCUCUAUUUUGUGAAAUUCCUUCGCUCUUUUUCUCUUUUCUAUGUGCUGGGACGACGUAUUGUGCAAUAUGAGGAUCUUUCAGUAUCGGAGGCCAGAAUACUUGCAUUCUUCAAAAACAUCGGUGUCACAACACUGAAACUCCUAAAGCAGAUUUAUCUCCGCGAUCUUCGGAUGAACCUCACGGACGAAGAUUUUUGGCUGCUCAGAGACCCCGAGUUUUCGAUGCGUAACGUUUCCAAGCUUGUUCCAUUGCUCGAGAUGGACGACGACGACGAAGAAGCCGGAGAGGAGGACGGAGAACUCUCCCUUCCGACAGGCGUUCUGCAAGCCUCAAAUACGCAGCUACAGGACAAUCUACUGAUUCUCAUAUACCUCCCGUUCAUGAUACCUUUUGACACUCGAGCGGAGCUGUUCCGACAGCUGAUUGAAAAAGACAAGUCUCAGAUCACAGGAAUAUUCAGCCCAAAGAUACAAGGUGUUGUAUCGCGGGAAAACGUUCUUUUUGACGCCUUUGAGCAGUUUGGAGAGCUGCGUGGCCAACAGUUUAAACUGCCUUUAUCCGUGGAGUUUAUCAACCAGUUUGGAGAAAAAGAGGCUGGCAUUGACGGGGGAGGACUCACAAAAGAGUUGCUCACCAGUAUUGUGGAUAGCGCAUUUUAUGUUUCGAACUCAAAUGCAGACAAGAACGGCGGGAUGAGGUUCUUCAACGCGACUUCCAACUUCCAGCUAUACCCCAACCCUGACUACUUUUUGAAGUUGAAGCUACAACAGCAGAAUCCUUCCUAUGACUUUAGCUCCGAGGAAAAGACAUUCCAUCUACAAAUGCUCAGGUUUCUAGGCAUGGUUAUCGGUAAGUGUCUCUACGAGAACGUGUUGACAGAUAUUCAGUUUGCACCGUUUUUCCUUAGUCGGUGGACCAACACGCCCUCGUUUCAACAGAGAAUUUCAUUUGAUGAUCUAAAAAUAUACGAUAGCGAGCUGCAUGAAAACCUCUCCAAGCUGCUGAAACUAACAGAGCACGAGAUUGACGACUUGGACCUAAACUUCACCAUCAGCGAGAAGUUGCAGGAUUCCUCAGAGGUUGUCACUAUUGACCUGCUUCCUGGCGGACGAAAGAUGAAGGUGAAUCAACAGAACAAGCUGCAAUACGUUUACUGCGUAGCCAAGUUCAAGAUGGACCAGUCGAUUGCAAUCCAGUCGAAAUACUUUAUAGAAGGAUUGUCUCAGAUCAUUAAGCCCAAAUGGCUCUCGUUCUUCAACGCGUACGAGCUAGCCAAGCUAAUUUCUGGCGGAGAGAAAGAGAUUGAUAUUGAGGAUUUGCGGCGCAAUACCGCACUGGGUGGUUACACGAUGCAUGACCAGACCAUCGUGUACCUGUUUGAGCUCCUUGAAGAGUUUGACAACGACCUGCGGUCCAAAUUCCUCAAAUUUGUCACCUCCAGCUCGCGCGAACCACUGCUGGGCUUCAAAGAGCUCAAUCCGAAAUUUGGAAUCCGCAACUCGGGAACAGACACUUCAAGACUACCCACGGCGUCCACGUGCGUGAACCUGCUCAAACUGCCCGACUACAGGAACAAAAAGCUACUGAAGGAAAAGCUGCUGUAUUCGAUCAACUCGCACGCAGGUUUCGAUCUUUCCUAG